AUGGAAGGUGUAACUAGGGUCCGAAGCAAUCAAAGGAAGUCCAGAACAGCAAUGAAAAGGAGCUUCAGAGACUGUACCUUGCCUCCUAUGAAGGAGUGGUUGCAAAGCCAAAAAGAGUUGUGCGCCGUCUCCAUGGAAGAGCUGGAAGAGGACAGCUGUUUCAAUGAGGUCACGUUUCUGUGCUUUGCUGACGAGACAGCCGUGGCUCCUAAGGAAUUUGCUGCCAUGUCCAUGGAACUCCUGGAUCUUCUGAAAUCACUCCACCUGUGCAAUUUAAACGAAAAUGAAGUUAUUUUUCUGAAGGACGUAUAUAAACCACUAGAGAGUAGUGAUGUUCUUAAUUCACAGAAUUGCCCUUCGCAAAUACUGUGUGUGAUGAGAUCAGCUCCUUCCCGACCAAGACUCAGCAUUGAUUCUGUGUUUACUUUGCUGAGCAAGUAUUCUGCUGGUAUAAGAUGUACUAUGGAAGCAUAUUCAUUGCUGAAGCAUAUAUCGGACCUACCGCAUACAGAGGAUGAUGACACUAAUCAUUCAGUGUCUUCAAUUGAAGAUGACUUUGUGACCGCUUUAGAGCAUUUGGAUGAAGAUGAGCCAACAAAGACAAGAAACCCUGGCAAAGUUACACCUGAGAAACUGCUCCAGGAUGCUUCUUCACAGACCAUCCUUGCUCCUCACUUAGACUCUACUGAUCACAGAAUGGUUAUUAAGCCAUCUUCUAAACCAUCUGCUCUUCAAGUUAACAUCUUGGAACUUAAAGGACUCUCACCCUCUACCAGACGUUCAGUCACCACUUCUGUUUCUGAUCCUGGUCUACAGAUGGAUUUUUUCAGGCCCCAUAAUUCUUCUGAUCAAAGUGUUAACCUUUUACAUAAAACACUGUGUUCUUCCUCUCCAGCUGAAUCGUCAGAGUCCGAAUGCUCUAGCCCCAGCCCCGUUAUUUUCUUAGAUGAAGAAGGGUAUCAGAGAAGCUUGAAGGCGAAGCUUCAGCUACCCAAAAUCCCAAUGAUGAAAGAUGGCGUGGAAGACUCAGACUCUGAAGUGAGUGAAUUUUUUGAUAGCUUUGACCAAUUUGAUGAACAAGAACAGGCUUUGCAAACGGGCUGUCAGUUGGUGAAGGAUCCCGCCGUAGGUCACUUUGCCCAAGAGAAAGCGACUUCCUGUAAAAAGUCAAGCUCUGCGGCAUCUGCAAUGAAUCCCCAGAAGUUCAAAUCUGACCGUCCUGCUCUGCCCGCCAACGUAAGGAAGCCAACUCCUCGCAAACCAGAAUCUUCGUAUAAUAAGAACCUUUUAGACAUCCCAGAUUCCCCCCGUCCAUUGAAAACAUCAGGAGAUGAUAGUGGAGGGUUGUUCAGCCCUAUCAGAUCAUCGGCUUUCAGUCCGUUAAGCAACUGCUUUUCAUCAGAGUGCCUUUGCCAGCUAGGUGGUAAUGGAGAUGCCAUUAGCCCAAAUCAAGGUUUACUUUACCAUACAUAUUCAGAUUUUGCCGAUACCGUUUCCUUUGAAAUUCUAGGUUCUGUCUUUAAUCCAUGGACUUCGUCAUUACGCAGAUACUCUCGAGAGCUUUCCAACCAUAGCAGAAUGGUCUCACAAGAAGAAAAACCUCUUGUUGCCGAGAUCAAAGGUCAUAGCUGUAGAACAGAGCUGGACAAGAAAAGCAGAUCUAAACAGAAAGCCCUAAUGAUUAAAGACCACAUCCAGAAAUUUGCAUCGGAGCUUGUUGAAAAGAGUUUUGGCAAUGCUUUCAAAGACCUUCAGAAGGGCGUUUCCUCGUGUACGAAUGCCCUCUGUCACCUGGCUGCCAAGCUGACUUCUUCAACCUUUCAAAUGGCUUUUUAUGAGAUCGGCAGGCAGCGAGCCUUUGCACUGAAAAGGAAGGCUAUCGGUGGCCUGGCAGGGUUUUUGGCGAGCGAAGCGAUAACAGGGGCUUUGAAAGAACUGCACUCUAUGAAGCAACAAAUAUUUACCAACACAGUUGCAAAAUUUGCAGCUGACCUUGCUGAAGAGCUCAUUUUUGAGGGGAUAAUGGAAGUCUGCCAGUUUUCUCACCCACCGACUCCAGCUGCUUCUCAGAACUGGUCCUUCUGCUAUGACGAUAAAGUUGUACGGUCCUAUGCUGAAGAUUUGUCUGAUUCCGUUAUUCAGGAAGCUUUCAUUGAGUUAUCUCAGGCUGACGUGACCUUUACAACUGAAGCAGCAAUUAGUGUUUCCAUGAACAACAUAAAAGAUGUUAGUGCAGAAAGUAUUCUGGAAUCAACGCAGACCUCCAGUGCUUACUCAGACAUUCAUGAUAAAGCUCCAGCAGCCUGGAAUCCAAUACAGGAAUUCAGGAAGGAAUAUGCCGUCCACACAGCCUUGUUCUACACCUCUGGCAUUGCCAGUUCAGUUCCAGUGCCCUUAGCUGGAAGCGCACUUUGUCAAAACCAGAUUUUAACCGACAAUGCAAAGAUGAAGAAUCGGUCAGCAACAGAUGGCUGUCCGAAAGCUUGUAAAGACUCUGCAGAUUCAAGUUAUGCAACAAGAAAGAGACAAGAGGAAGUGACAUCUUUAAGAAGUAUUUACCUGACAUCAGGUAAUAGUCCAGGUAGUGAAUGUAACACUUACACUGUGUGUAGGCAAACUGACUCUAAACAAGCUGAAAUCAGUAACGUUUCUCAUUUAACUGGGGUGCCAAUCAUCAGCAAUUUUUCUGGAACAAUGGUAGACAUGAUAGUAACUGAGGCUUACGAAGUAGUAACUUGUGCAAAGGUUUCUAAAACUUCAGAGCAUUAUUCAGAUAUCUUACGAACUGAGAAAAUGCCAUAUUUACAGUGCAUUGGUGAAGAUACGUGUAGAAAUGUGUUUGCUAAUUAUUUGGCUAAACGAAUGGCAAAACAGUCUGUAGAUGAAGCCAAAUCUCCGUGUUCUGCCACAGGUGAGAAACUAGCAUACUGUGUAGGGUUAGGAACUAAUAAAGAAAGCAAUAAAGCAGAAUUGCCUAGUGCAACAAAUCAACCUGAAAAGAAGAACAGUGCUCCAGUCAUUGUGGGACAGCAGCAGAUGCCCCUGAACAGCUUGUCGAAAUUUCAUGUAAUUCCAGUUUGCUGCAAUAGGCGUUUGCUGUCAGGGUCUAAAGACUGUCUUCAGGAAAGGAAGUGGCAGGUUGAUUGCAGGUUUUCUGCAUGCACGAGCCCUCCUUUUUCUGGGACUUCUGUAAAGCGUGCUGAUGAGUUUCCAGAGAUAGAAAAAUGCUCAGCAAAACCUUCGAGUAAUGCACUGGAAGCAUAUGACAUGCGCAAGGCAGCAGGGUGCUCCGCUCUUGGUCAGGAAAGUGCUUUCCCCCUUGCUCCCGUGGUGUCUAACUGCGAUGAUGCGUUUCGUAUGGAGGAUAGAUCAAGACUGAGAGAGGGGGCUGCGUGUGCGAUCCCAGACACCCCACCGCCGACACCUUUAAUCCCCUCUCAGGCUAGUUCUGAGUGGAAUUUAAGAAACUUGACAAAGCAGCUUAAAGGCGAACUAGCAAAUCAGUUUGCUCCCGCUACUCCUCCCUCUACACCUUACAGAUCAGAAGUGGAUGGUGUGUAUGAAAGUGAACACUAUUACUUAGAAAAGGAAGAGUUCAUGCUGAAACUGAUGCGGUCUCUUUCUGAAGAGGUUGAAAGUAGUGAAGAUGAGUAUGCUGAAACGCUGGCUGAAAAAGUCAAGGCAUCGAUAAGGACGCUGGCAUACGCAGAUCAUCUGGCCACCUGUAUCAUUUCUGUGGCGACUGAAAUGGCCGCUUCACAUUUGGAUAACGAAACCGUUCAAACAAAAAAUAACCUGGAAAGCAAAACAUAUGGGCCGGCUGCAUAUGUGAAUGUUCCAGAAAAAAAAUUACGUUCGUUGUGGAUUUAUGCUAGUGAGGUGGCAGGGAAAGUCAUUAGCGAAGCAAAGAAAAUAGUAAAAUCAAGACACUGCAGACGUUUGAGGUUGAAGCAAGUGAACCAUCAGGCCGACCGUCUUCAUCUUAAGAGAAACUGUAAUGAAUGUUGGUCAAAAGGGAAGAAGUUUCUCUUGGCAGACCAGUGGUCUAAAGAGGCAGAUUCUUCUAUACUUUCUUUACCCCAAAGUUCAGAAGCUCCCGGCCUGACCUCCAGAUUUCCAAGUUGUGAAAGCGUAACAGAUGAGUAUGCAGAUCACAUUAUUCGGAUUCUGAAAAGAGAAGGUGGUCACAGUGACCUAAUAAUGGAGCAGUUUGCCAGUAGACUUGCUUACAAAUCUAUCAGAUCUGGUAUGCAGCAAGCUGCCCAUAAACUCAAAACAAAGCAUAACAGAAGAGUAGCUCUUGGUCAGAAUUUGCAGUUUAACAAUGCGCUUGAUCCACUUUUGCUGGUGAACAAGGAUGCAAAGAAACAGAAAAGAAAAAAUCUACAUCAUUUUGGAAAACGAGCUUCUGAAAGCAAAUGCAGCCUAGGCAGAACUGAAUAUCCAAAGUUAUUAAAUUUCUCAGAAUCCCUUGCCUGUAGUAUAACCUCUGAUGUCAGAAGAAAAUUAAAAAUGUCAACUGCUUGCUUGCCCAAAUCCUUAACUGAUUCUUGUUUGUAUAAAAAAUCCCAGGUCAGCGCAGUCACAGAUGAUCUCAAGACAUUUUCGAACACACUGCCUCCUUUCUGUUGCAAACAAAAACUGUAUCAUAGCACAGGCAGUUUAAAUGAAUGUGUUUACAGAGACGGCAUCAUUCAUGCCAUAGAACAGUAUGCGAGGAAGAUAGUAGACGACACGUUAGAAGUCAGCUUGGAAUCUGCUGCUCUCCAAACUACCGAGAACUGGACUAACGGAGAAAGACCAACAUAUGCAGAAAAGCUGUCUCCGUUUUCCGCAACUGCUUGCAGAUACUGCUGUAUGAAGGAACACCAAUGCUGUACCGGAAGCCCGUCCGUGCACCUCCCCGGGCAAGAACUUCAUCCUAAAGGUGGACAGGUUUCGACCUUGAGGCUAAGCGGCGGCUGUCAAAAAUCUCGCAUUCUUCAUCUUGAUAUUCCUAAAAUCCACAUUAAUAUGGAUGAAAAAGUAGCAUUUGCUGAAAAUGUGAUGGCCACCAGUUUUGACAAAGGAGAGCGGCAGCUGAGCAACACGAGUUUGGCAGCGGAUAGCGGAAUCGGCCACGAUGGAAUCAGCUUUGCGGAAAGUCUUACUACAGAAAUCAUGACUUCCUGUAUGACGAACAUUGGUCAGGCGGUCAACAUAAGCUCUGUGGGGGAAGAGGGCUUUCAUUCUGCUGAAUCCGUAGUCAGCCAGCAGAUGAGUCUCAGCACUGGCGACGACAGCACCGGUAGCUGGUCCAAUCUGAGCUUUGAAGAUGAGCAGCCCGAUGAGAACAGCAGUUUUCUCCACCUCAGUGAGAGUCUUGGUAACAGCAGUAGCUGGAGCAGUCUUGGUUUAGAAGGAGAUAUGUAUGAGGAGAAUUUAUCCUUUCCAACAUCAGACAGUGAUGGAACAGAAGAGAAAGAAGAAGAGCUCAAGAAUACCAUUCUAGGCUUGGGAUGCAAAGGAAAGUCAUUGGUGAUCAUAAAUGUUGACCUAGAACCCUGCCUGGUGGAUUCCCAGCUGAGAAUGACCCUGCAGUGGCUUUCAGCUUCCGAAGCCGAGGUGGCCGAGCUCUAUUUUCACGACGAUGUUCCAAAGGAGUUUGUUCUUCUUUCAAAGAGGUUGCGCGAGAGGGGCUGGAAAGCGGGAGACCUCUUCCAAGCCGUGCUGAAGUACUGCGAAGCCACAGAAAAGGCUGCCGACGGGGAGAGGGCUCCAGGAAGACAGACGCUCUUUGGAUGGCUUCAGGACUACCUCUGA